GUCAAAGGGAGAGUUGGUAGCCGAAAGGGAAGGAGAGAGAGAGAGAGAGAGAGAAAGAGAGAGAGAGAGAGAGAGAGAGAGAGAGAGAGAGAGAGAGAGAGAGAGAAAGAGAGAGAAAGAGAGAGAGAGAGAGAUAGAGAGAGAGAUGUGGCGAAACAAAGAUAUAGCAAGAGAGAGAUGCACUGGAGGAGAAAAGAAGAAGAAAAGAAAAAAUAAAGAGGAAGAAGAAGAAGAAGAAAAAGAAAAAGGAAAAAAAGAGGAAGAAGAAGACAAAUAAAAAGCAUAUUGACAUGCACAAAAAAGGAGGGCUAGAUCCAUGACAACCAAAAAACACCACGCGAUCAGCCCUGUAUGCAUGGUAAAGAAGAGGCCGAUCAAAGCAACAGUGUGACCGUGCUCGCAAUGAAAGAGAAGAAUCAACACGAUGGGUAAGGGUGGUGCGACGACUGAAAGAUAGGUCUACACAUGGAAAGAGAAAGCCAUGAUGGCCGGAUCGCAUAAAGUGAUGACGCAUGCGGCAUCAUGUGGCAACUUUGAUGACACAGGCGUGACGGUGCGUGUGAUGACGCGUGGUGACUCCAACUAUCCAGAACUACGUGUCCAAGAUGAGGGGAACUCUCCAGACAGUAACUAGAAUUAAAGAGGAUUGUAGACUCGAACCCAAUACGAAUGAUAGUGAUGACCUACUUGUCGAUUUACCAAUCGAAGUUUUUGAGGAUCCCAUGGAUCCUUGAGAUGAUACGAGUUCAUGUUUUUGGCAUCAGUGAUGUAAAAUUUGGAACUCAAAUUUUACUUUGUUGAAGGAUAAAACUCAAAUUCAGACAAAUAGUGCAGCAGGAGCAGAUUCUUUGCAGAAGCAGCUAUUAGUUCUAGUACAAAUCUCGGAAACUAAUGGAAGCUUUGGCUUUCUCCUCCUCUACAACUGCCAUAGCCACAUCCUUGGCUGGCAACAGGUUGCCUUUUCCUUCACUGCUCUCAGGAAACGGAAUUCGGAGGAGGAAAAAAGGCGUUUCUUUAUUGGUACGUGCUUCGGGAGAAGAAAAAAUAAAGCUUGACAAAUGGGAGCAGAUGGAGCUCAAAUUUGGUCGCUUACUCGGUGAAGACCCCAAACUUACCUUAGCCAAGAUAAUGGGCAGAAAGGCAAACCCAGAUGCUGCUUUUGUUGAAAUAGAGAAAUCUUUCCAUAAGAAUGAGGGAAAAUUAAUUGAUAUAGAAGAUGUUCCAUUAGAUUGGGACGAUGGGAAGAAAAGUUCUUCAGAUGGUUUAAGUUUAGUUAGGCCUGUUCCAAAGAAAGGAAUCAAGUUUGAAGCUAGUCAUAAACCUGCACCAGAGAGAAAGAAACCAAACCGGUUUGUUGGGAAUAAGGCGGAGACUACUAAGGGGAAGGCUCCUAAUGUUAUCUUAAGAAAGCCAACCGUGUUUAAUGAGAAUGACGUUCAGUAUAAGCCAUCCAAGUUUAAUUUCCAACCAAAUUUAUCAUUGAAAAUGAGUAGUGAACAAUCAAAGGAGAAAUUUAGUGAUAUGACAUUGUUGAGGAAACCUGAACCAGUGAUGAUUAAUCUUGAGAAGAAGCAAGAGGCUUCUUCUGGUAACAUGGAGGAUGGCUCUAUUGAUAAUGGUAAUGAGUUGAAGGUCAGGCAAGUUGGUUAUGAUGAUUUUACUCUAUUAGAAAGACCUGAAGCGAAAGCAAAGCUUGAAGAAAAACAAGAGCUGUGUGGAAAUGUGGAUGCAAUAGUUACAGUUGCUACUGAAGGAAAAACUUUGCAUGCUACUGCAACUAAUGAUGCAAUAAAGAGUGAAGUUGAAGAACCUGUCAAAAUCCCGGAUGGUUCAACUCUGAAGUGUUCUGAGGCACAAAAUGAUGUUGGAUUGCAGCCACUUGGGCAGAAUACUGAGGAAUCUGCACAGGAGACAGCUGUUCUAGGUAAUCCAUCCGAUAAAGAUUUUGUUGAUCCCAGUGUCCAAUUCUCUCUACCAGCCACCCUCCAAGGAAAACCGCAAAGACCAUACCAAUCUGCAAAUGAGACACCAAAACCUACUAGUGAAGACGCAGAUCUUUUGACUCUUGAAGGUUAUAGGAACUCUUUCGAGCUUAAGAGUCUUCCUUUAUCAGCUUCGGAGGAUACUGAUUGGAAGAGGGCAGAAGACCUGCUUAAGAGAAGGGAAAAAGUAGAGGUGGAGCUAAUAAGCUCCAGCACAAGAGGAUUUGUUGUGUCAUUUGGCUCUUUGAUUGGGUUUCUGCCUUACUGCAACCUUGCAGCGAAAUGGAAGUUCCUAGCUUUUGAGUCAUGGCUGAGGCAAAAGGGAUUAGAUCCAUCUGUAUACAGGCAAGACUUAGGAAUCACUAAAAGCCAGGAUCUCAAGAAUGAAAAUUCCUCUCUCAAUUCUGGCCAAGAUCCAGAAAUUGAAAGAAAAUCUGAGGAAAAAAUUUCAGAUGAUAUGAAAGUGGAAGAUCUUCUUAGGAUUUAUGACCAGGAGAAAUUAAAGUUCUUGUCAUCCUUUAUUGGCCAAAGAAUCAAAGUGAAUGUGGUCAUGGCUGACAGAAUAUCUAGAAAACUCGUGGUUUCUGUGAGGCCAAAAGAGAACGAAGAGCUAGUUGAGAAAAAGCGAAAUCUUAUGGCUAAACUUCGUGUUGGGGAUGUUGUGAAAUGCUGCAUCAAGAAGAUCAGUUAUUUUGGUAUAUUUGUAGAGGUUGAAGGUGUUUCUGCACUAAUUCACCAAACAGAAGUAUCAUGGGAUGCUACCUUGGAUCCUGCAAUGUAUUUCAAAAUUGGUCAGAUUGUGGAGGCAAAAGUACACCAGUUGGAUUUUGUGCUGGAACGCAUCUUUUUAUCGUUGAAAGAGAUUACACCAGAUCCAUUAACUGAGGCAUUAGAGUCUGUGGUUGGUGAUCGUAAUCCAUUGGAUGGAGGACUAGAAGUAACAGAAGCAGAUACCAAGUGGGCUGAUGUAGAAUCACUAAUCAAAGAGUUGAAGCAGAUUGAAGGGAUCAAGUCUGUUUCAAAAGGCCGGUUCUUUUUGAGCCCAGGCCUGGCUCCAACUUUUCAGGUUUAUAUGGCUUCCAUAUUUGAGAACCAAUACAAGUUGCUUGCACGUGCUGGAAACAAAGUCCAGGAGGUGAUAGUUGAAGCUUCAUUGGACAAAGAAGAGAUGAAGUCUACAAUUCUAUCAUGCACCAAUAGAGUGGAAUAAUUGUUCCUUGCUUUAGUUGCAGUUGGGAAUCUCCAUUUUCAUGGUCAGACCAUUUUUCACUAUCACAACAAGUAUUACUGUUUGCGGUUCACUCUUGGUUUGACACUCACAAGAAAUUGGUGAAGCCAUUUGUAUGAUAAUAUAUAAAAGUUCAAUCCAAAUGAGUUCAAGGUUGCAUAACAAGUUUGAGUUUUGAAUGUAGUAAAAGCAUGAUGGUGUUGGGUUUUGAGUGAAUGGCAUAGUUGGUUAUAGAAGACUGAAUGGAAACAGCAUAUAGGAGUUGCAAGGUACAAGGUUGAUGCAUUAUCAGUUUCUGGUGUCUCUGUAUCCUCUCCCUCUUUUGCCAUCCAUCACUCUUUUAACAUUUUUUGUAUAUUGGAUAGACAAUAUUAGGUAAUGUCUAUAUAUUUGUCUUAUUCACGACUUAAACAAAACAUUACAAAAACAUGAUUUAAGAAAGGUGGAAAUCAAUUUUUGGUGUGUCAUCCUUUAGGUAUAA